AUGAAGCUCGUGCGCAUGCUGGCAGGAAUGCUGGCGGUGGCAACGCUCAUGUGCUCGGGCAACUUGUGUAUCAGCGCGUCUAAGCAAGACGGCACGAUUUCGUACAGUAGCACGACUGUUACGCUGAUUAUUGAAGUGCUCAAGCUGGCGAUAAUUCUCAGUACGAUCGUCUUGACCGAGACGCCGCCACCUGCGCGAUUCGUACCGAUCGAGGCCUUUUACUACGCCGUUCCUUCGUUCCUUUAUACCAUUGACAACAAUCUCAACUACGUCAUCCUACGGUUCAUGGACGCCGCUACUCUCUCGGUGCUUUGGAACCUCAAGAUUGUAGUUACAGCCUUCCUUUUUCGCUUUGUGCUCAAGCACCCAUUAUCAGAGCUGCGCAAAAUCGCCAUUGUACUGCUAGUGAUUGGUGUGCUUACGAGCGAGUCGAACCAUCUGCGAGAGAUGACAGCUACAAUCGUUACAAAGAGUGGCAAUGACAGAGGCGGCGGGAUGCAGUCAAUGAAAGACACUGCUGCAGAUAAAAGCGCCAAGGACUUAAUUAUUGGCGUCCUGCUAGUGUUGGUGGGUGUCACCUUGUCGUCCUGUGCUAGCGUGUUUACCGAGUGGGCUUUCAAACGGAAGUCAAACUGUCCAUUUCUGUGGCAGAAUAUUCAGAUGUACGUAUUUGGCAUUAUUUUUAAUGCCGCUGGGGUUCUGCUGGUAGAAGGUGAAGACAUCUUCUCAAAGGGAUUCUUCCAUGGCUACAACAACUGGACACUGGCCGUGGUGGUAGUGAACAGUAUUGGUGGCAUCGGAAUGGGCUUUAUUCUCAAGUAUCUCGAUAACAUUGCCUGCGUCUAUUCUCAUUCCAUGGCAAUGAUGCUCACGAUGCUCUUCUCGAUGCUUUUCUUUUCCUUUUCACCGUCUCUCGAAUUUGGCUGCGGACUCAUGGUGCUCAUCAUCUCAAUGUACAUUUACCAUCAUCCGCUAGCACAUGCUGAUGACACAGCCAAGCCCCCCCGCCGUUUCUCCGACUCAUACUCCACAGAGUCCGGCAGGAUCACAGAAAGCAGUCAGAAGGAGAGAAUGGUCAAGUUGAAGCAGCAACAAAAUGACGACGUCGACGAUAUCGACAUCACUGUCAAUGCAAGUGGCUCGUUGUCGUCUAUGGCACCUAAAAGUAUAUCAUUGUGCGGACUUAAGCUGAUGAAGACGCAAUACGCAAAGCUUCCAGACACGUCAAAGCACUUGAAAAGCGCCUGUACAACUGCAAACGCUAUGGACUCAUCACUCCACAACAGCAAUCAACCUCACGAGUGA